CGAGACAGGAAGUUGGAGUACGAGCACUCCACCAAUCAGCUUUGCUCUAACUGGAACGUCGCACCUAAACAAUAUACUGUACUGUGCUUUACAUACUGCAAGGCCGACUGGACCGACGCCUUGAAGUACGUCGCAGCAAAUUGGACUUUUGACAUUUUACAUGUCGUGUUUAUAUUCAUACGCCCUUUGGCGUUGAUACAAAAAUGCUCGUCACCGGCGCUUUUCACUUUGAAUGCCGUUGAGAUGACGUUAGCCACUCGUAGUCGUGUUUGCUAGCGUUAGCAAGUUGUCAAAUGUAGCCGCGUUAGCCAUCCGGUGGAUUUUAAUACGAGCGGCAUCAUUUAAAGUUACUGCAAGCGUGGAUUUUUUUUUCUCCCAAAAUAAGGUUAUGUUAGUCCAUUAUUUGUAACAUCGCGGUGGCAGUCCGUACUACAGAAACCGGCGUCGUCCGUCCGGUGUGUUUAUUUACCCCGGCUUCUCAACGCGAUCGAAAAUCUGGCGUUAGUUUAAGCUCCAACCUCAAAGUCGGCCAGCAAACUGGACAAAACGUUGGAUUUAGUUGGCUUUAAGUCGGGCGCAGCGGGUUCGCUGACUCCUCAGAAGAAAAUGAAGAAGAGGAAGGAGCUCAACGCCCUCAUCGGACUCGGCGACAGCAAGAGGAAGAAGGCGAAGAAGGGCUCCGGUCACCGGCUUCUCCGAACCGAGCCGCCGGACUCUGAGUCCGACUCCAGCUCGGAGGACGACGACGAGUUCAACGGAAUGAGCAGCGGAGCGAGCUUUGGCAAGAGAAGUUACAGCCAAUGCUGCAACGUGUGCUACCCAUUGUUUCUCUUCAUCAUCCUCGCUGCUUGCGUCAUGGCCUGCGCCGGACUCAUCUGGAUGCAGAUUGCCUUGAAGGAAGAUCUGGACUCAAUGAAGGAAAAACUGCACAGCAUGGAAUCCAGCCAAAAGGCGUCGUCGAGUGAAAUACCAAAACUCAGCGAGGACCUGAAAAACAAGGACAGGAAGCUUGACGACAUUGAGAACGGGAACAAAGGGCUGGGCAAACUCUGGUUCAACCUCACAGAAAUGAACAGAAAGAUCACCUUGCUGGACUCUGCCGUAAGCCACUUAAAGGCCAAUUUGAAAUCGGCCUCCGAUUUAAUCAGCCUGCCCACAACGGUGGAAGAACUUCAAAAGAGCGUGGCUACGAUCGGGAGCACACUAACAAGUGUUCAACACGACGUGAAGACGAUGCAGACCGUGCUCGAAAGUCAAACGGAUUCAAACGACAACCUGAAGGCAACAAUGGACAUAAGUGACCUGAGGAAAGCAGUGAGCGAGGCCAACCAGACGGAAGCAAAGCACCACGCGUGGAGCGACGAGCAAAUCCACGCGCUCUUGUCCACCGUCGCCGAGCUCCAGCACAGAGUCUCGUUUCUGGAGAACGGCUCCCAAGAAAACUUGAAGAACGCUGAAUUUCAGCCUCUAAUCAGCACCGGACCUCAAAAGACUGAGACGAUUGAGGCCCAAACAACCAAAGUGUCAUCACCAGACAACUCGACGGUAAGCCCCGACCCUCAGACUAGUCGACGCCCAAGGUUCCUCCUCCCGAACCGCUCCAAGAGAAAUACUGACAUCAAAUGCCAAAAGACGCGCUUGCUCACUGGAGUCACUUUGAAAGGUCUGGAAGGAAUCUUCGCUAAUGUCGACGGCGAUCCAGCGAGUCUGACGUACGAAGAGCUUUGCGGGAAACUCGGGGCGUCCCCUCCGAAAGCUCGCGCCUUGCGGUGCUUCGACAGCAACGGCGACAAGAGGUACACCCUGGCGGAGCUGAGGGCCGCGUUCAGAGUGUGAGCGCGUCACCCGCCGACGAUAUUCAAGGAAGCCCAGCGGGGUCUGGGGUACGAUUUUCUGUAAUUGCUGCACUUUGAUGCGUGAACUGAUUGUCUUCUUCCACUUUUGUUUGAUUCCAGCACAACCUCAGCGAGUCCCCCCCCC